GGUAUGCCAGCGAACAUUAAAUGUUUGAGAUAUCAUGUAGAUUUUGUGGUAUACAGAUACAUGUGUAAGCAUCUCUGGUUUUUUGCAGAGAUAAGUUUAUUGCAGAGAAAAAGUUCUAUAAAUUUAGAGAACUUGCAUAUACUUUUCAUCAUCACUUUCACACCGAAGAACAAAAAGUGUUGGUUUGGAUUUCUGAAACAUAAAGACAGAUGAGUCAACUACCACAAUGGCUGAUGGAGAUCGACGGUCACAAAACACCACCACACAACAUCAUAUCCACACCAGAUGUGGAAAAGAUGAUGAGUGUGAGGAACCCCGAACUCACUUUGUAUGUGACAUCAGAUCCACAAGGAGUUGCUAUGCAUCAAUCCAUUUGCAGAUCUGAUUUUCCUAUUAAUUUUGUGGACGAUGUUGGUACUGAUGAAGUUGAGCGACCUCCUAAUGAAGAUGACAAUAUAGACAUUAUUGAGGAAACCGAUAUUCUGGGAGAUAUAUCGAAUAAAGCGAAUGAUUUGUACAUGGGAAUGAUCUUUAAAGACCGCGUGGCUUUUAAGCAACAUAUGGCCUUGCAUGCAAUCAACAAUAAGUUCCGGUUUCGAACUAGCAAGUCUGCACCUGGUGGGAUGGUUCUCAAUUGCAUUAGUACGACAUGCAGGUGGAGAGUGUAUGCUGCGCGUCUUAAGAACUCAGAUUUAUUUGAAAUACGAACGGGAGAGCUUGUGCACACUUGUUCGGUAGAUGAUCGUUCUGGCUACCAAAGACAAGCAACACAUGCAGUUAUUGGUGAGAUGAUGAGAACUAGAUAUGCUGGACCCGGAGGAGGCCCGCGACCGAAUGAAAUAAUCCAGGUUAUGCGAGGAGACCAUGAUGUUCAUAUCUCUUAUUGGAAAGCUUGGCGAGCAAGAGAAGUGGCACUUGACUACGCGAAAGGAGCAGGGGCUUCUUACAAUCUUUUACCUGACUAUCUUAACAAGUUGGUGAGCGCUAACCCUGGUACUAUUGCUGAAAUUCAUACAGAUCACAAUGAGAAAUUGGGAAACCAAUUCAAAUACAUGUUCCUGGCAAUGGGGGCUUCCAUCAAGGGGUAUCAGUACAUGCGGAAAGUAGUUGUCAUUGACGGCACACAUUUGAGAGGAAAAUAUGCUGGUAGCUUGUUGACAGCCUCUGCACAGGAUGGGAAUUUUCGGGUGUUCCCACUGGCUAUUGGCAUUGUGGACGGAGAGAAUGAUAAGGCAUGGGAAUGGUUUUUCAAAAAGCUGAAGGCAAUUGUACCAAAUAGCGAAGAAACUGUUUUUGUGUCGGACCGACAUGCAUCUAUCUACUAUGGGUUGGCCAAGGUGUUUCCAAAUGCUAGACAUUGUGCUUGCAUCUUGCAUUUGAAGAGGAAUAUACGAACAAAUUUCAAGGAUAAACAUCUAGGAUACUUGGUGGGUAAAGCAGCAAGGGCGUUCAAAGUUUCAGAGUUCUACUCAGUGUUCAAUGAGAUUAAAAGGAUAAAUGCAUCAUGUGCAGAAUAUCUUAUAGGAAUUGGAUUUGAACAUUGGACAAGGUCUCAUUUUCAAGGAAAUCGCUACAAUAUUAUGACUAGUAAUGUGGCAGAAACCUUGAAUUCAGUGCUGCGAGAGGCGAGGGAAUAUCCAAUUAUGAAACUUGUGGAGUACAUAAGGGCAAAACUAAUGAGCUGGUUUGCAACUAGGCGGGCUGAGGGAACGAGUGGUCGGGAGAGUUUGACACCACGAGUUUUGGAGAUACUAUCUGUGAACUUUGAAAGUAGUGGAAGUUAUGUUGUGAACCUGAUCAAUGCAUCAGAGUACGAUGUACGUGACAAAUCAGGGGGCUCCUACCAUGUUGAUCUUGCCAAGAAAAUUUGUAGUUGCUUCAUAUUUCAAAUGUUAAAAAUUCCUUGCUCACAUGCAGUCGCUGCUGCAGUCCGUAACAACGUGCGGGUUGAUUCUUUGGUGGCUGUUGAGUACAGUGUAGCAAGUAUGGUUGCUGCUUAUGAGAACAGUAUUGCACCAGUAACAGCCGGAGAGUAUAUAUCCGAACAUGUUGCAGACAUGUCAAGCAUGAACAUGGUUCCACCAUCAAGUAGACGUCCUCCAGGUAGGCCAAGAAAGAAUCGGUACUUCUCAAGGGGUGAGAUAAGGAUGAAGACACCACGGAAGAGGACAAUGUGCAGCCGCUGCAAAGGAUGUGGCCACAAUCGCGCAACAUGUAAAAUGGCUAUCUAAAAAGAUUAGCAUAUGAAAGGGAUGUGUCGGUUGAUGAAGGUGUAAGAAAAAAAGGUGGCAGCUGUUACUGGGCAGCAAAAAUAAAAACUAGUUAUGAUGUGUGAUAAUUUAGUUUAAUGUACCAGUUGUGGUUUGUGGUUUGAGGAAGAUAUGUAUUAUAAGACCGAGUAUGAAUAAAUAAUGAAAUCCUUUUUCUAUUAAAUUGAUGUUGAGUGAGCCUGAGCAUAUCUUGUAUAAACAUUAUUUUUGAUAAUUCGUGUUUAGUUUGGUGUUACUAUA